GCAAAGCGAAUACAGGAGAUUAAGCAUGGGGAGAUCUACUUGUUGCGAUGAAGAUGGUCUGAAGAAAGGUCCGUGGACUCCCGAAGAAGAUGAAAAGCUGGUUCAGUUCAUAAACGACCACGGCCAUGGCAGCUGGAGAGCUUUGCCCAAGCUUGCAGGUCUCAACCGAUGUGGGAAGAGUUGCAGGCUGAGGUGGACCAAUUACUUGAGGCCUGAUAUCAAGAGGGGAAAGUUUUCUCAAGAUGAGGAACAAACAAUCCUCCACUUGCAUUCCAUUCUUGGGAACAAGUGGUCAGCCAUUGCAACACAUCUGCCCGGCCGCACGGAUAACGAGAUCAAGAACUUUUGGAACACCCAUUUGAAGAAAAAGCUGAUUCAAAUGGGGAUCGACCCGAUGACUCAUCAACCCAGAACCGAUAUCUUGGCUAACUUGCCUCAGCUGAUAGCCCUUGCCAGCCUUAAAGAUCUCUUGGAGAACCCGUUGCAGGCCGAGGCUGCUCACAUGGCUAAGCUUCAAUGCCUCCACUUUUUCCUCCAAUCUUCUUCCAUGCCCAACAACUACGGUGGCGCCAUUGCAGACAUGGAAGAAGCAGCUUCUCUCAACUUAUUAAAUCCAACCCAUUUUCCACUUGGAAAUAAUAUUAACGAAACCUCUCAAUCUCAACUGCUCCACUAUCCACCACCACCACCUCAAGUCCCUUUCGGUUUCCAAACAUCUUUGAAUAAUAACGAGAAGAGAACAUCGAUGAACAGCGAUGAGUUGGGGCAGUACUGUUCCAACUUUGUCGUCAGCCACGCAGAUAACCUGACUGAUAACUCAUCGUCCUGGCUUCUUCAAUCGUUAGAGGACCCCCUGGAAACGGCGGCUGCCGCAGCCGAUGCAUCAGUGAGUAAUAUGCCGGGAGACACGAGCAGUGCGUCGAGCUACAACGGCACGGCAGCCGCCUCUCCCUACUGGUCUGAACUCUAUUUCGAUGACUCUAUCAUUCAUGAGAUUAUUUCAUAGUGAGUCUUGAUUUUGAGUGUUGGGAUUCGGAUUUCCCAUUGGUUGUUGUUACUGUAGAUAAAUCUGCACUGCAUUUCAGGCUUUAAUUUUCUAUAUAUAUAUUAUCUGAGUGA